UGGGGUGGCUCAGAUCAGUGGCUAUGUUGUGAAUGCGAAAUAAGCUUUAGCCGAGGGAGUUCAUCUUUAAGGCCAAAAACUGGAAACUCCGCGGAUUUGGGCCACUAUUUUUUAAAGGGACUUAAAUCAUCCAAAAAUAAAUAUGAAAUAAAAUGAUAACAAAAAUCAAACAACAGUGAACACUAGUGAUCGAAAUUCGAAAUAUAUUUUCGAAAGCACGUAGUUAUUGCAGAUAAAAAAAAGUACUGUUUUAACCCUCGCACUGCCGGAGGGGGCACAUAUGUGCCCCCCUGAGGUUUUUCCGCGAUAACUGAAAAACGGCGGCGCGCAGCGCCGCCAAAUUUUUUACACCUGUUUCCCCAACAUUUCCGCACAUUGUGUGAAAAUUUUGACCCCAGGUCAUCUAAGGUCAGGUCACCAGAGCAGUUUAAGUGAAUUGACCUCAAUGUGUUUUCUCAACUUUGCGAGUGCGCCAGGGCCACACCAGUGAAUGGAACAGUUUGAAACUCACAGGAUGGAAGAAGGUUAUGAACAUCAUUAAAACUGAUAUCUCGGAAUUAUCAUAUCGGUGACCUAAGGUCAGGUCAUUUUUCUGACCUCCCCAUUAUAGGUAAGUCUAUGGGAGAAAUUUCAACUCCCUCUGAAUGCCACCCAAUUAGCCCAAUACGCACAAAAAUGUGAUAUUAUUGGUCCCUGUUGAUGGUUCAACUGAAAUAUAUCACCUGAAAGACCUAAAAGGUCAUCUGAGGUCACCUGAGGUCACCAACGGUUCUUGUGCGAUAACUUGAGAUUGAAUUGAGAUAGAGACUCCGUUCGACGUUCAUUGUGUUUGUCUCGUCGAUGCGCAUCAAAUGAUAUGCAACAUGACCUAUUUCGGUGAGGUCAUGACCUUGACCUGAGGUCAAGUCUUAAACUUGACCUUUCGAGGUCAUAUGGUAUAUCAUUCUUGACGAGCUAAGAACAAUGGCGUUUGAAUCGAUCCUCUAUCUUUUCGGGAAGAGCAGUUAUUGCAGAAAAACUACUGCGAAAUAAAGGUUGUGAAAAUCGUAACAUUUUGUCUUCGGUGACCUCUGGUGACCUCGUUUUUGACCUGAGACAAAAAUAACCUUUGUAUUUCCUCUAGAUCUUGUCUCGCCCUAUCCAACGCCGUUUGCCGCUUGUCGCUACGUUGCGUAGUUUUCGAGAUCUCCGGUGGGGGCACAUAUGUGCCCCUCCCCCCCCCCCCCCCCCCGGCAGAGCGAAGGUGGCUCAGACCCCCGGCAGUGCGAGGGUUAAUUGGCUCUAAACACAUUCGUCAUACAGAUCUCGUAAAUACAUACAUCAGUCCAUGCAGAUAAUGUACAUACAUAGAGGUAAAGUACAUAUAUUUUGUGUACAUACACACAGGUCUCGUACAGUGCGCCUGUUAAAAAAAAAAAAUACCCACUAAAUAUCUCUCGUAUCGUGCGCCUGUUCCAUACUGCACCGCACGACACGUCGCUGAAGUUUCAUCUGUUCGCUAAAUGUCUCUGGCAUCGUGCGCCUGUUCCAUGCUGCACCGCACGACGCGUCGAUGAAGUUUCAAAUCUGCCCGCUAGAUGUCUCUUAAAGCGUGCGCCUGUUCCAUGCUGCGCCGCGCGACGCGUCGCUAAAGUUUCAAAUCUGUCGGCUAGAUGUCUCUCGUAUCUUGCGCCUAUUCCAUAUACUGUACCGCACGACACGACGCUGAAGUUUUAUCUGUUCGCUAGAUGUCUCUCGUAUCGUGCGCCUGUCACAAUUGAUAUUCUUAAGUGAAAAACAAACCGGGCAUUGGUUUCAAGAGAGGAUACGUGCCUAAAGUUGGGGUGGCUCAGCCUCCUCAUUAUCUACGUUGGGAGGGCUCGAGCCCCCAGAGCACCCUACUUCCCGCGUCCCUGGCCGUCAUGCAUGUAGUUAUCGUCCAUCGACUUCAAUUCGAUCAUAGCUGACCCAGGCUAAUGUGGGCUAAGUUUGGCCGAUACCCACAACUCGUAAACCGUUGACGUAAACCGUAAACUGUUGACGUCUUUUUUGUCAGUCGGCCGGUAAAGAUACCAGAUUCCGAAUGACUAUUGGCAGCAAAAGUUAGACGGCCACAUACGUUACGAUCAGGACUACCUAUAUUGUACUUUCAAUCAUUUCACAAUAGUUGACACAUUUGAGAACCUCAUUUGUGUAUAACCCAACUGCCGGCUACAAUCUUUUGAGGCGCCUAAAGUUAUACUGACCCGCAGUACCUGCGAUGAUGGCACAAACUGCGAGCGCCGUGGGUAAUACUGUCCCGCAGUACCUGCGAUAUUCUGUCCGCUAGAUGACACAAGGAGCGAGCGCCUGAAGUUAUACUGUCCCGCAGUACCAGCGGUUCUGUAUAAAUUAAUGCGUGCCUAGAAGCCCUAGUACCCAAUUCCUCGUUUUUAUCCCCAUGAGGACCAGAACAAUGUUCAUCCACCCUAAUCCAACAUCCCUUGCCUUUUCCGUGCAUCUUCCUUUCUUCUCCAAAACGUGUUCAUCGCAACAAAGACGACAUCCAAGAUGCCAAAAGCAUGGAACGCAGAGCGGAGGAUACCUCAGAUAUGGAUGCUGAACUGCCGGAGAUCCGUCGCCGCAAACCAAACCCACGGUUCCAGGAAGAGAGCAGCGACGAGGACAUCGCCGGGCCGACGGCCCGGGCAUGUCCGGUCGCUGCUCCGGCGUCGGCGUCGCGGCAGCGCCAGCCUCCGACGGCCAGGAGGCUCUCCGCUCCUCCGCCGCCGCCAGAGGGCCUGUGCCUGGAAGGAGAGCAGAUGCCGGCCACAGGAAGCAUGCCCGGCAGGACGUCCACUGCCAACGGCAACGAUCAAGAAGGAUACGCCCGAGCUGAGAGCCGCAUACUCAUGGCUAUAACCCGCCUGACGAAGGAGGUUAAGGUGAUGGGGGCCCAAAUUCAGGCCAACGGGGCGGCCAUCCGGGCCCUUCAAUCGGAUGGAGCGGUCGGAGGCCUGGAACCGCCAAAACUGCCACUUAAGAAGAUGGUGGAGUUCGACAAGGUCAACCAAGACCGUGCUCUGAGUAACGGACUAGUUCAGCAUCUCACCGUAUGGUGCGGCUGCGAUGCUGGAGACUUGGACAAAGAUGUGCGAGCCAUCAUGAGAGCGCUGCUCUCCAACUCCCUGGCGGAGAAGCUCUCGCUUACCGGCCGCAACGGGAAGAAGGCAAUUAUGGGAACCCCCAUAUUCGACGCGAUAUGCGAAGCAGUUCGGCGCUCCCACGGGACUGUGAAGAGGGCGGAAGUCGGCCGGAGCGCCGGUAAAUGGCUGUCGGGGAGCCGCGACCGUGACGGGAAGCGGCUGGCUCGACUGGCGAACAGCCGUCGCGAUCAUGGUCGUAUGGUCGAUGGCGACGCGGUAAUGGCCGCAGGCGACGCACCGACAGCCGCCGCCGAGGCGGUGCCCGACGCUGAGGAGCAUUCCGAGGAACGAGAGCUCCGCUUCGAAGAGUUGUGAAACGCAGAAGGAAGUGGAGCUCAAGAAGGGAGUGUACCCGUGCAUUCUGUUUAUACCGAAUGUUGAUAAGUUACAUGUUUUUUUAUGAAUGAAUUGAUGAAUGAUUGAAUCUUUGCAGAUUAAUUUUGGGAGUUGAUGAUGUUGUAGCAAUAGAAAUCGUAUUUGGUAUGACCGUUUCAUCGACAUAUGAAUAAAUGAAAGUUGAAAUGUAUAUAUUUAGUUGCGAGCUUUCGGCCACAGGCCUUUAUCAAACAUGUAGUAAGAGAUCUGACCUUAUUUCUGGUAUUCGACGUUCCAUGUUCAACAGAUCGAUGACUUUCAGAUGUGUUGAAAUGAUCAGCACUUUUCAAUUAUGAGAUGCGUUCUUUGUUCGUCCGAUGUUUGUCAUCGCCCCGUAUCAAAUGUUAUGUUAAUAAAUGGAGGAUGAUGA